CAAAGACACAGCAACACUUCCUGUUUCACGUCGGAGAGCUAUUUGAUGUGACUAAUGUGUGAAUAUCAGAGGAGACACAUCAUGAUUUAGACAGCUGCUCAUUCAUUUACACCGUGCAGCGGUGACACCGGCGUCGUUUGACCGUUCAUGAGAGGAAGCUGAAGGAGGUUUCCCAGUGCAACCAUGCCCGUCUCCCUGCUGUGGGCGGUGGAUGUGUACGGACGGGUCUACAGCCUGUCGACGGCGGGCCAGCUGUGGGAGCAGUGCCGCGAUGCCCAGAUGGAGUUCAAACGGGUGACGGCGGCUCGGCAAUGCUGCUGGGGCAUCGCCUGUGACAACAACGUCUACCUGAACCUCCACGCUUCUGACCUGCCGGUUCGCUUCCAGGAGGAGACCUACGAGAACCAACGAUGGAAUCCUGUUGAUGGUUUCUCAGAGCGUUUGUUGCCAAGCGACCGCUGGCAGUGGAGCGAUGUCACUGGUCUGCAACACCAACCUCUGGACGGCUUCCGGCUACCCUCCGACAGCUGGGAGUGGGAGGGCGACUGGUACGCCGAUGAAAAUUUGGAGGGAGAGCCCACAGAGAAAGGGGGAUGGACCUACUCCAUCGACUUCCCCACCACCUACACCAAAGACAAGAAGUGGAACUCCUGCGUCCGUCGCAGGCGGUGGCUCCGCUACAGGAGAUACAAAGCCAUGGACACCUGGGCUAAGAUCCCCGCACAGCAGACGACUCUACCAGAUCCUUUCAGCGACAUCAGCUGUGGAGGCUGGGAGAUCAACGAGGAGCCCAGAGGCCGGCUGUCACUGUGGGCUGUGUCCCUGCAGGGAAAGGUGUGGUUCAGAGAGGGAAUCUAUCACCAUAAUCCUGAGGGCUCUCUGUGGGAAGACGUGCCUCUCCCCAGGGAGGUGGUCCAGAUCAGUUGCGGCCCGGGGGAUCUGAUCUGGGCGGUGCUGUGGGAGGGGCAGUUCAUUGUCAGGGAGGGCAUCAGCAGAGACUGCCCCAAAGGCACCUCCUGGACGGAGGUGGACUCUCCCAGUCCUGAUGUGGGAGCCACAUAUGUAGCCGUGGGAAUCAACGUCGUUUGGGCUUUGACCAAGGACAACAAAGUGUGGUUCAGACGCGGCGUGAACUCCCACAACCCCUGCGGCUCCGGCUGGAUCAACAUGGUGGGGGAAAUGAUCAUGAUCAACGUAGGACUCAACGACCAGGUGUUGGCCAUCAGCUGCGAGGAUCGGGCGGUGUACUUCCGACAAGGUGUGACCUCUAGUGAACUGAGCGGGAAAACCUGGAAGACCAUCAGCGUCCCACGAGAUGGAGACCGAUCCCACUCCAGCGCCAGCGCGAGCAGCCUGCAGAGUGCUGGAUGUUACUUCUGCGGCGAGGUGCGUGCUCAGUCAGCAGUGAGUGACGUGGAAUCAGACACAGAGAAAGCAUCUACAGAUGGAGCCAGCCGCCUCGUCGCCUACACCUCACCUGAGUCCUUGGUCGACGCUCCAACAGACCUCUCUGACCAACCUAUCGAGACCCCCAAACCCCGCAUCCCCAAAGUCACCAGCGACAGCUUCAUCUCUGAACUCGUCUCUGACCGAGAACCAGGAAAAACCUCGAGACAGGGCGGCGGUCCUGCAGGUCCAGCUGUCCUGGAGGAGGAGCCGCCCAUCUCCGGAGAAGAAGAGGUCAAACCCCUCUGUGCUAGCGUAGCUAUUUCCCCCAGCCAGUCUGCAGGUCCUCCUGACCCCCAGUGGAGUAACGUGGAUCUGGAGGAGGCUCAGGGCCUGCAGGCCCAGACUGGAGUGUUGGUGGUGGACUCAGCCGACACCUGCAGCUUGUCAUCGGUGGCCACAUACACUCUGGCCAUGGAGGACCCGUAUGGGGCCGAUGAGCACCCUCUGUGGGCGUGGGUCAGCGGAGGCGGCUGCUCUGUGGACAGUCACUCCCAACUCAGCUGGUUCAACUGUUCUAUGAACGCUUCAUCUUUGGUCCAGUCAGUCCAGUCCGUGAAUCUGUCCAUCUCCCCGGCCCAGACGGCAGCCUGGCGGAGACAAAUCUUUGAGCAACUCAGCGAGAGGACCAAAAGAGAGAUGGAUAAUUUCAGACAUUAUGACCAAGCCAUAGAACAGUCUGUGUGGGUGAAGAAGGGAACCAUGCAGUGGUGGAGAGACUGGAAGCCGCACAAGUGGGUCGAUGUUGAUUUUGCCCUGGAGCAGUUCUCAGGACCAGAGGGCAACAAGGACGGCAUCCUUUUCAUCUAUUACAGCUUUUAUGAGGAGAAGAAGUACAUGCAUGCCUUUGUCAACGAGGUCACCGUCCUGGUACCUGUGCUAAAUGACUCCAAACACUCUUUUGCCAUCUACACUCCUGAGCGGACCAAACAGAGGUGGCCGAUGAGAUUGGCAGCAGCCACAGAGCUAGAGAUGCACGACUGGUUGGCGUUGUUGAGUGUGUCAUGCUGCGACUCCAGGGGGAUCCAGGGUCCUCCCUCUAAACAGGCCAUGUGGUCCAUCACCUGUAAGGGAGACAUCUUUGUCAGUGAGCCCUCUCCUAGUCUGGAGGCCAUGCCUUACCCCACACCCUGCGACCAGAUGUUCUGGCGGCAGGUCGGAGGUCACCUACGUGUGGUGGAGUGUAACAGCGUUGGCAUAGUGUGGGGGAUCGGCUACGACCACACCGCCUGGGUCCACAGCGGGGGCUACGGAGGAGGCUUCUCCCAGGGACUGGCCAGCAGCACAGAUAACAUUUACACACAGUCGGAUGUCAAGAGCGUCUACAUCUAUGAGAACCAGAGGUGGAACCCUGUCACCGGCUACACCAACAGAGGGCUCCCUACAGACCGCUACAUGUGGAGCGAUGCAUCAGGACUACAUGAGUGCACAAAAACAAAUAUGAAAGCACCCUCCCCUCAGUGGACAUGGGUGUCUGACUGGGUGAUCGACUACGGUGUGUCGGGGUCGACAGACAGAGAUGGCUGGCAAUUCGCAGCUGAUUUUCCAGCGUCAUAUCAUGGCUAUAAAAAAACGACGGACUUUGUGCGUCGCAGGCGGUGGGCCAGGAAGUGUAAAUUGGUCACCACAGGACCCUGGCAGGAAGUCCCGCCCAUAUCACUGAGCGAUGUGACCAUCCUGCCGUGUGCAGCUCAGAGCAGUGUGGACGUGGUUCCCCUGUGGGCGAUCAGCAACAAGGGAGACGUUCUCUGCCGACUGGGAGUCACCACACUGACGCCUGCCGGAUCCUCGUGGCUCCACGUGGGAACUGACCAGCCUUUCAAGUCCAUCUCUAUCGGAGCUGCCAGCCAGGUUUGGGCCAUCGCCAAGGACGGUUCGGCCUUUUACAGGGGAUCUGUGUCUGCACAGAGUCCAGCAGGAGACUCUUGGUACCACAUCCCCUCCCCGGCCAAACAGAAGUUGAAGCAGGUGUCUGUCGGGAGGACGUCAGUCUACACUGUAGAUGAAAAUGGUAACCUGUGGUACCGGCAGGGUGUGACCCCCAGCUACCCUCAGGGCUCCUCCUGGGAACACCUCUCUAAUAAUGUACGCAAGGUCUCUGCAGGGCCUCUGGACCAGGUGUGGAUCAUUGCGGACAAGGUGCAGGGCAGCCAGAGUCUGAGCUGUGGGACGGUGUGCCAUCGGCUCGGAGUCCAACCUGUGGAGCCUAAAGGACAGUCGUGGGACUACGGCAUUGGGGGUGGAUGGGACCACAUCACAGUGAGAGGGAACUCCAUGGAGCAGCCCCGCGUCCGUCUUCCCUCUCUGAUAGCCGCGGCCCCUCAGAGCCCGCUGCCUGUCAGGAACACGGAGGUCAACGGCAAUGCUGUGGGAUGCUAGACACACACACUAACACACACGUAUCCUGCACAUAGCCAUCCUAAACCAUAUUACCUUUGUAGUAAUAUGUAGUAUGUAGUUUUUUGUUUAAAAGAACUUCUACUUCUAACACUGGAGUAGCAGCAAACUCUAUAGAAGACAGCCUUUUAAGUCUUCACAUCACUGCAAGUCUGUAACAGAAAGUUGUGACUGUUGGACUUUUAGAACAAUCUUAAACACUGAGCCGAAUCCGUCUCCUUUUUCCUCUGAAGACAAUUUUUAGUCUUUUGACCCAAAUGUUGUUUAUUUUUACUAAGCUGUACGGGCAUUUCUGUCUAAUUUUGCCGUUUGUCUUCGGUCACUGACAUUGAACUUGAUGGUCUUAAUGCAUUUUUCCCUUAUUUAUUCAUCAGGCUGUGAUGUUUCUGUUGGUUAAUGUGGUUUCUGUGUAUAGAGUGGAGAUGAAUGUGGAAGGGUGGUGUUUUUAUGAGUUUGCUAGUUUUUUAAAAGGGAAAAAAUUGUAUACAUGUACUUUAAUUACAGUUGCUUAGCUGCUGAACUGUCAGCUCCAGGGCUGGUAUUGUAGUACAAAAUUAUGUUUAAUGGUUAACACGUGUUCCAACGUGAAAAUUGAUAACAAGAUAGAGCAGACAAGACGAUGUUUGAUCCAGGCUUCACUGGCUGCUAAUCUGACAACAUAAUUUUAUACCACAGAUGCAGCAUCUGUGUAUUCCCGCUAGGUUUCUAAUGUCACAGGUUUCUGAAAGGACUUUUUGAAGCCUAAGUCUGGGUAUAAUGCGUGUAACAAUCCUGCCAGAAAAUCCAAUUUAGGGUAAUGUGGUGAAACCUGAGUGUAGCUGUGUUUGGACUGGCAAGAAGAUACGAGGCAUCUGUAAAUGAAGGUAUACUUUUCUGAAAGCUUAGUCUGUUUUAUUAGUGCAACUGAGACACUAACGUCUUGUGAAAAAAAAGUAGUUUGUAUUUCUUCAGGAAAUUUGAAGUUUUUUUUUCCAUUGACUUCAAUGCAUUUGGAGUGUAUGUUUUUUUUUGGAGCCAGCAUGUAGCAAACCUGCACUGGCUUCAUUUACCUGUGGUGGUUGCUGCUGCUGCUUGCCUUGUACAAACAGUUGACUGAUAUUUUAUAAAGAUUUUAAUGUUGUUUUCUAAAAAAAAAAAAAAGUUAUUAUUAUAAUGUCAUCAUGGCGUGUGUGCAAUGGUUAGCGUGGUAAAUAAGGGAAAAAGUGCGGAUUACUCGUAGAAGUCUUGUGGUUGAUGCUAAAAACUGAACCUUCCUCUUUCUCAGGAGAAUAUUUGCAUGCCGUCUACUUCCUGCUGGUAGUAGAAUGACUGAGCAAUGAGAAGAAAACGCAAAAAAACCCACUAUAUUUUUGUUAUAAAUCUGUAAAAUAUUAAUAUUAUACAGUGAGUAUAGUGGUUGCUGCGAUUCAUAUGCCACACUCAUGAAUUGCAUCUGUUCAGGCAUCAAUUUAUGAUAAUGACUGCCUAAAUUCACCCCUAUAUCAUAAUGUUACUUUAAGCCUUUGGAAAUGUUGAAAGUGUACAGAGAUGUGUCUGUAUUACCUGUGAAUAACUAUCAUACUGUGUUACUGUAGCGUGCAACACUACAUCAGUGUUGUUGACAUCGUGGAGUACAUUUUGCGAGUGUUGUGCAUGGUCAAAGUAACAGUCCUUGUCAAUAAAUAAAUGUGUUUAUUGAUAA